ACAGAUUUAUCACUUCGUUGUUUGAAAAAUGCUGAAAAUGUUAUAAGCCUCUCAGGUAUAAUGUUUGCUGUAUGCUGUCAUCACAAAUGUACUUGGCAUGAAACGGUUGGUCGUUAUUGGUUAGAACACGAAGCAAAGAUCACAUCCGAUGAAUUUGCUUUAAUCACUCAUUUAUCUUCAUGGGCAGUUUGUGGAUUUAAUCGUAAAUCAACUGAACAAGUGAAUGAUAAUGGGUCUAUUGACAGCUUAAAUCAAAAUUAUUUGGAAGCUUUAAAAAGUGACAAUAAAGAAGAAUGCCAAAAUGCACUCUACAAUUUAGAUGUAUCUGUAAAGGUGAGAAUUGGAAAAAUCUGUAAAAGUUUAAUUGAUUGGGGACGUCUUAUGUAUAUGAAACAUGAAUUAAAUCUUUCAAAUGUCUUUUCUGCAACCUAUACAACAUCAGACAUAACACCUGAAAACAUUGUAAUAUGUGGUAGUAAAUGAAUAAACUUUAGUGUACCUAAAUUAUUUGCAAGUAUUUUUUAAAAACAACUAUUGUGGUG